AUGAGAUUAAAUAUUUUUAAAUUUUAUUGCACCCUCGUUUUAUUUUUGGCUUAUUUGCCUGAAAAAUCAUUGGGAGAAGGAAUGGAUUUGUCGAAUGGAGAGAAGGAUGAAAUUACUGAUAAACUACCCUUAAUUAACUUUGAUAUAAAUUUUAAGCAUUAUUCAGGUUAUCUUCAAGUGAAGAACAAUUAUAUACUUCAUUAUUGGCUAGUAAAGUCCCAAUCAAAUCCAGCAACUGAUCCACUGCUCUUCUGGUUCAAUGGCGGUCCCGGAUGUUCAUCACUUAAUGGAUUAUUGGAAGGAAUGGGUCCAUACAUUUUAAGCCCUGAUAAAAAAACUCUUAUCAAAAAUGAAAAUAAUUGGAAUAAAAAUGCUUCAAUAGUUUAUAUGGAGUCUCCAAUAGGUGUUGGGUAUUCAUAUGCUCUCAAUGGAAAUAUUACGAUAAAUGAUGAUCAAACAGCUGAUGCUAACUAUGAAGCAAUUAAAUUAUUCCUAACAAAAUUUCCAAUGUUCCGAAAAAGCAAGCUGUACAUAGCUGGAGAAUCUUACGCAGGUGUUUAUGCCCCAAUGGUUGUUGAUCGAAUUAUUAAAAAGCAAAAAGUUUUUCCAAUUAAUUUAAAGGGGUUAUCAAUAGGAAAUGGAUUAUUGAAUUGGAAUAUGAGUAUUGAUACAACAUUACAAUUUGCCUAUGGCCAUGGUAUUCUGGACGAAGAAACAUGGCGAUUGUUUUCGAAACAAUGUUGCAAAGGAUGUGUUGAUGGCUGCAAGAUAGAUUCAUUAAACGAUACAUGCGCACAAAUGGUUGCUGAUAUGUUAAAUAUAGCUUGGAAUAGUCAGCGACUUAAUCCCUAUGAUUAUUACAGGGAUUGUGGUAAUUAUCUAAAUAAUAUUCGCAUUUUUAAAUUUAUUAUAGAGACGCCAAAGCGUUCUUCUAUUCUUAGAUGGAUGUUUAAACAUCGUUUCCCUAAAGCUCAAAAUUUAAAUCUCGGACAACCAAUGUCUUGCGCACCAGAAACGUGUACCUCGUUACCUUGUAUUGAUGGUUGGAAAUUUUUAUUUUUAAUUAUAGCUUUUCGUGAGAGAAAAGUGGUUUUAGUGAGAGAUAGGAUACAUCGAAUACCUCCAUUCGAAUUCGAUAUUAUCUGUAAAAUUCGAAUAAUUUUUGAAUUUAAAUUAUUCAUUUGA